CAGUUACUCCUCUCUCUCUCUCUCUCCCCCCCCCUCUUUUUUUCCCACUUAGACCAUUUCAAAAAGCAGUUUGCAAGAUCAAAAUUCUUAGCAUAUAAACCCACCCUUUGAAAUGGUUGAAAAGCUCAAACUGAAGCAAAUAUCAGAACCCAAAUCUUUGCAAAUGGGAGCUAAAGAAUCUUACACACCAGAAGCUCUCCAUAAAAAUGUUGCAAUAAUUUUUGGUGUUACUGGGCUCGUUGGGAAAGAGCUGGCCAAGAGGCUGAUCUCCAAAUCAGAAUGGAAGGUCUAUGGGGUUGCUAGAAACCCAGAAAUCAUGCCCAUUAAGCAUUCCAAUUUCAAUUUCAUUCAAUGCGAUCUGCUAAACGCUUUUGAGGCCGAAAAGAAGCUGUCCCUUUUAUGGGAUGUGACCCAUGUGUUUUGGAUCACUUGGGCAAGCCAAUUCCAGUUGGAUAGCAAAGAGUGUUGCGAGCAGAACAUAGCAAUGAUGUCCAACGCCUUGAAUUCCAUCAUUCCCAGAGCCAAGUCUCUGAAGCAUGUUUCUCUUCAGACAGGGAUGAAGCACUAUGUUUCUUUGCAAGGCCCUUUUGAUGAUGAUGAUGAGGUAAUGCAACUUCGUUAUUAUAGUGAGGAAAGCCCGAGGGUUGAAAAAAGUUUCAAUUUUUACUACGUCCUUGAAGAUUUUCUCAAGGGUAGGCUGAAAUCUAAGAUUGCUUGGACGAUUCACAGGCCUGGUUUGAUAAUGGGUAGUUCGAAUAGGACUUUGUACAAUUUCAUGGGGAGUUUGUGUGUUUAUGGAACAAUCUGUAAGUAUUUGAAUCUCCCAUUUGUGUUUGGUGGGACAAGAAAAUGUUGGGAAGAGAUUUGCAUUGAUGGGUCUGAUUCAAGGCUAGUAGCUGAACAGCAUAUCUGGGCAGCUACAAAUGAGAAAACCUACUCCAUUGAUGGCCAAGCUUUCAAUGCCAUUAAUGGCACAAGUUUCACAUGGAAAGAGAUAUGGCCGGUUCUUGGAAUGAAGUUUGGUGUUGAAGUAGUGUUUUCAGAGGAGUUUUGGUUCUCCAAAUCCAUGGCUGAUAAGGAAAAAGUUUGGGAAGAUAUUGUGGAGAAGGAAGGACUUGUUCCAACGAAAAUGGAAGAUCUGGCUAACUGGAAAUUCAUAGAUGCUCUAUUUCGUUGCCCUGUUAAAAUUCUUGGGACGAGAGAGAAAGCUGAUGGGCUUGGUUUUACUGUGAGGUAUAAGACAUUGGAUUCAAUCUUGUAUUGGCUAGAAUCUAUGAGAGAUGAAAAACUAAUCCCAUAAAUGUUUUUUCUUUUCUUUUCUUUUUUUCGUUGUUGACUUUUGUUAAAAAGAAACAAAAGUUUGAUAUUAACGGUGAAUAAGGAGCUCCACAAACUGGGUUGAGAAAAUUGAACUUUACUUGUUCUGCGGUUGACUUGCC